UGCAGCUGCUGUAUUGUCUGUGAAUGAAGGAGACAGGGCAGGCCCGCUCCCCCAGCAGUCCAGCCCCUGCUACUUGUCAGGCUGGAAGAAUAGAAGAGAGCAGGAAGCCCCAGGACAGCACGCAGGCCCCCACCUUCCUCUCCAUUCCAAGCAACACCCACAGCCUUCCAGCAGCCAAGAUGACGGAUAAUAUCCCUCUGCAACCUGUCAGGCAGAAGAAGAGAAUGGACGGCAAACACAAGAGAGGGUGCUGCUCCUGUAUGGGUUGCUGUGGCCGCGGAGAACUAAGGCCGCGUACUGUGUGGCUUGGACAUCCCGAGAAGAGAGAACAACGCUAUCCACGGAAUGUCAUCAACAAUCAUUGGGUCAUAGGUGUUCUCUUUAAUCAGUUCAAAUACUUCUUCAACCUGUAUUUCCUGCUGCUGGCCUGCUCGCAGUUCGUGCCCGAGAUGCGCCUGGGACCCCUCUAUACCUUCUGGGUUCCUUUGGGGUUUGUCUUGGCCGUCACCAUCAUCCGCGAGGCUGUGGAGGAGAUCAGAUGCUUCAUGAGGGAUAAAGAAGUCAACUCGCAGAUCUACAGCAAGCUCACAACGAGAGGCACAGUGAAGGCUCGGAGUUCCAGUAUACAAGUCGGGGACCUCGUUAUUGUAGAGAAGGUAUCUAACUCUUCAUCAAAUAUGAUAUUCCUGCAGACUUCAGAGAAAAAUGGCUCCUGCUUCCUGAGGACAGACCAACUGGAUGGUGAGACAGACUGGAAGCUUCGUUUGCCGGUGUCCUGCACACAAAGACUGCCUACAGCGGCAGAUUUGCUGCAGAUCCGAUCUUAUGUGUAUGCGGAGGAACCGAAUAUCGACAUCCACAAUUUUGCUGGGACCUUCACUCGGGAAGACAGUGAUCCCCCCAUAAACGAGAGUUUAAGCAUCGAGAACACACUGUGGGCCAGCACCGUCAUCGCAUCAGGCACAGUGGUCGGGGUGGUUAUAUACACAGGCCGAGAGCAGCGAAGUGUCAUGAACACCUCCAAUCCACGCAGUAAGAUCGGGCUCUUUGACCUGGAGGUGAAUUGUCUGACGAAGAUCUUGUUCAGCGCUCUUGUGGUCGUGUCGCUGGUCAUGGUGGCUCUGCAGCAUUUUGCUGGUCGCUGGUACCUCCAGAUACUCCGAUUCCUCCUUCUCUUUUCCAACAUCAUCCCCAUCAGUUUGCGGGUGAAUCUGGACAUGGGGAAAAUCGUCUACAGCUGGAUGAUCCGCAGGGACCCCAAGAUCCCAGGAACAGUGGUCCGAUCCAGCACCAUUCCGGAACAGCUCGGAAGGAUCUCCUAUUUACUGACGGACAAAACUGGAACGCUGACCCAGAACGAGAUGGUCUUCAAGCGACUUCACCUGGGUACAGUGGCAUAUGGGAUGGACACCAUGGAUGAAGUACAGAGCCAUAUAUUCAGUGUAUACACACAGCCUUCACAGGACCCGCCGGCCCAGAAAGGCGGGACCACCAAAGUGCGGAAGACUAUGAGCAGUCGCGUGUAUGAGGCGGUGAAAGCCAUCGCGCUCUGUCACAAUGUCACACCCUCUUACGAGUCCAACGGAGUGACGGACCAGGCCGAGGCUGAGCGCCAGUUCGAGGAUUCCUGCCGGGUGUACCAGGCGUCCAGCCCUGAUGAGGUGGCCCUGGUACAAUGGACAGAAAGUGUGGGCUUGACGCUGGUGGGAAGAGAUCAAUCUUCGAUGCAGCUGAGGACACCUGGUGGCCAGAUCAUAAAUUUCAGCAUCCUUCAGAUUUUCCCUUUCACCUACGAAAGCAGGAGGAUGGGAAUCAUUGUUCGGGAAGACUCCACGGGUGAAAUCACAUUCUACAUGAAGGGGGCAGAUGUGGUGAUGGCAGGGAUUGUGCAGUACAAUGAUUGGCUGGAGGAAGAGUGCGGCAACAUGGCCCGAGAAGGACUCCGGGUCCUGGUGGUGGCCAAAAAGUCCCUGACGGAGGAGCAGUAUCAGGAUUUCGAGGCACGUUAUGUCCAGGCAAAACUUAGCGUUCAUGACCGCUCACUGAAAGUGGCCACCGUGAUAGAGAGCUUGGAAAUGGAGAUGGAACUGCUGUGUCUGACCGGAGUGGAAGACCAACUGCAAGCUGAUGUGCGGCCUACCCUGGAGACAUUACGGAACGCAGGCAUGAAGGUCUGGAUGUUGACUGGGGACAAGUUGGAGACGGCGACCUGCACGGCAAAGAACGCUCAUUUGGUGACCAGAAACCAGGACAUACACAUAUUCCGAUCCGUAACAAACCGCGGGGAAGCCCAUCUGGAGCUAAAUGCGUUUAGGAGAAAGCACGACUGCGCCUUGGUCAUAUCUGGGGACUCCUUGGAGGUGUGCCUGAAGUACUACGAAUACGAAUUUAUGGAACUGGCCUGUCAGUGCCCAGCUGUCGUGUGUUGCCGCUGCGCUCCCACCCAGAAGGCUCAGAUUGUGCGGCUGCUGCAAGAAAGGACAGGGAAACUGACCUGCGCUGUAGGUGAUGGAGGGAAUGAUGUGAGCAUGAUCCAGGAAGCUGACUGCGGGGUGGGCGUGGAAGGAAAGGAAGGGAAACAAGCGUCCCUGGCUGCAGACUUCUCUGUCACACAGUUUAAACACCUGGGCCGUCUCUUAAUGGUACAUGGAAGGAACAGUUACAAGAGAUCAGCAGGACUCAGUCAAUUCGUCAUCCACCGGAGUCUCUGUAUCAGCACCAUGCAGGCUGUGUUCUCCUCUGUGUUUUACUUUGCCUCCGUUCCUCUCUACCAAGGAUUCCUCAUCAUUGGAUAUUCCACUAUCUACACCAUGUUUCCUGUCUUCUCUCUGGUUCUCGAUAAAGACGUCAAGUCCGAGGUGGCCAUGUUGUAUCCUGAACUGUACAAAGAUCUGCUAAAGGGACGACCAUUGUCGUAUAAGACAUUCCUCAUAUGGGUUCUGAUCAGCAUCUACCAAGGGAGUAUCAUCAUGUAUGGUGCUUUGCUGCUGUUCGAGUCCGAGUUUGUCCACAUCGUGGCCAUUUCUUUCACGUCCCUGAUCCUGACCGAACUACUAAUGGUAGCACUGACCAUUCAGACGUGGCACUGGCUGAUGAUUGUGGCGGAAUUCCUCAGUCUGUCCUGUUACGUGGCCUCCCUCAUGUUCUUACAUGAGUUCAUAGAUAUUUACUUCAUCGCAACCCUGUCCUUCCUUUGGAAAGUGACUGCCAUCACACUGGUCAGCUGUCUUCCCCUCUACGUCCUGAAAUACUUGCGACGAAAGUUCUCUCCCCCCAGCUACUCCAAGUUAACAUCUUAGACCCAUCGAUGUGAAUGCUGGAACCACCGAUGGCCAGUGUGCACUCUUAAUGCUGCUUUUUUGAACAAGGAAUAAAGAAAAGGGAUGUUUACAUAAAAGUUAAUGGUCGUUGCACGCUAGAAGGUGAUGAAUGAUCACACUUUGAUGG